GAGGUGGGCGGAGCCUCGAGGCCAGAGCCGCGCCCGGGCGGACUGGGGGAGAUUUCCUGCGCGCGCCGCAGACGCCCCAGCAGCCCAGUGUCCCGGGACGCGGGUGGUCUCUUGGCCCAGGGAUGGCUCCUCAAGGACCGGCCGCGACGCCCGCCUACCCGGCUGCUUUCUUCCAAGCCGCGUCCGCCCAGGCGGGCAACCGCUCGGCUCCCGUCAUUCUCCCCCCUUGUUUUCAUAGGGGGCCCUCGUACCUUGGCAAGCCAUAGCGCAGAUGAUGUUGCAAAUAAACCUGAAAGUGGAUCGUCAGGAAACGGGCAGCACCCCGAAUAUAUUGCAUAUUUCCUGAUUCCUGUCUUUUUCCUCAUGGGACUCCUGGGGGUUUUCAUCUGCCAUAUGCUAAAGAAAAAAGGAUAUCGCUGUACAACAGAAUCUGAGCAAGAGGAGGAGCAGCUUGGGGAAAAGAUAGAGCUGAACGAAAGUACGAAUGAUAAUGGUGACACCGUGGGGAAAAUAGUUGACUACAUUAUGAAAAAUGAAGCUAACGCAGAUGUUCUGAAGGCCAUGGUGGCAGAUAACUCUGUAUAUGAUCCUGAAAGCCCUACUAGUCCGACUACGCCAGGCAGUCCAACAAGUCCAGUGUCUCCCUCAUCGUCCGGAGGUCCUCAGCUGAAACACACUUGCCGAGGCCGCCAUUUGCAUACGGUUGGUGGAGUUGCCGGAACGGGUGACUGUAGCCGCUGCAAUCAGAAGAGGUGGCACCUGUUCAGUCCAGCUAAAAAAGCCAAAGAACCAAGAAGAGCUCGGCAUGGGGAGGUUACAGUGUUGUCUGUUGGAAGGUUUAGAGUCACAAAGGUGGAACACAAAUCUGCUUCCAAGGAACGUAAGAACUUGAUGUCUGUCAGUGGCGUCGAAAGUGUCAAUGGUGAAAUGCCGGCUACCCCUGUCAAAGAAGCCUCGAAAGAGGCGCCAGUCACACCUGCUGCCAAACAGGUACCAGAUGAUCAGCAGCGCACACCUGCCAAGCAGGAGGAUAGGUCGAGAUCUGGCUCAGCAUGACAGCUGGACCCAAAAUGUGAUGGGAGUCCAAGCAGAGAUGGAGGCUUUUGAGGAAAAGCACACACAAUAGCUUUGGGGAAAAUUCAAAACUGGGACACUGAGGUCUCCGAAGAGAAGUAUAUAAAUGCACUAGCGCUGCGCAUAAUUUUUGUGACUGAAUCCAUGCAGGUUUUGGUCCCAGGUAUUUUACGUGCUCUAGUAACUAAAAUUUUAAGGACAGUUUAGUUAUUUGACGAGUUACUGGAGCACCCAGUCAGCAAUUUUUAUAUUUAUAAAACAUUAUGUUUUUCCACUUUGAAUAAAGUUGAACUGAAUGAAAUCCUUCUUAGAAGUGACAAACAAUAAUCAGUUUGCCAAGAUGCCUCUGCUGCCGUAUUGCAGUGUUAAAAUGUGUUGUCGUGUGUUUGAUGUACCAAGGAGCAAAGUCUGAUACAUUGGCUGUUUCUGUAAGGGAGGUGACCAAAGUCGAGCUAUAUUUUGCAUUUAUUGCUAAAUGCCAAUGAUUGCUGAAUUAAGCAUUGCUUAAUUGUAUUUUCUCAGUGUACUUACACAAUUACCGUUUUUGUGCUCAAAGCAACCUCUGUGACAGGCUUCCUCAACCUCGGCCCUCCAGAUGUUUUUGGCCUACAAGUCCCAUGAUCCCUAGCUAGCAGGGGAUGAUGGGAAUUGUAGUCUCAAAACAUCUGGAGGGCCGAGGUGAAGGAAGCCUGCUCUACGAUCUCUAACAAACCUGUUUUGGUCAUGAACCUUGAUAGAUGUUGUAUUAAAUCUCGAAAGAACCCCAAAACACCAUAUUCUGCUCCUGCAGAUUUGGGAUUGAAUUACUGUGGAGGCAGUUGAUGACUUUCUGCAUGCAUUGGCCUUAAAUUAUUGUCAAUUUUUUUAUUGAUAAUUUUAUCCUUUUUUUUGUAAACCACUAUGAGGUUUUUGUAUAAUCAAGCGGUGUAUGAAUUUUAUGAAACAAAUAAACAAAUAUAUAUAGAGAGAAAUAUUUUUACUUUUGGUUGAUGGUGCUUUUCAAGGCAAACUCUGAAGGCAAUGAACCUUCUGAAAUUCUCCACUAGUGGCAUGUUUCAGAGAAGCUGCUACUGUUCAUUGCCAAAUGGCCUCUAAACUGUGAGGAAUAUUUUUCGUGAUAGUGGUAGGGCAUUAUCUGGGAAGAUAACUGAUUAGACUAUCAGAGUUAAAAAAAACCCCUCAUUCUUUUCUUUGCAACAGAUUCGCUGUAUAUACAUAACUAAUUUUAUAAAGAUGCCCAGAUUAGGAAGCUAUCCACUCUAACAGUAAAUAAAAUCUUAUCAGCUUGAACCAAGCAAAAGUAGGAGUUUGCAAUUCAGAGAUUUCUGUUUUUUUUGGGAGCACUUUCCCUACCUCUAUGUAGUUUAAAUUAGUAUCUACUAGCAGAAAUUGAUUAUUCAUGCACAUCAAAAAAUAUAUUUGUAGCACAAUGGAAAUGGGCUCAUAUAAAAGGCGUGAGAAGUAAUACUUCAACUUUAACCAGGGCUAAACCCUAUAAAUGUGUUUCAGGGAGGGGGUUAUUGUUUCAUUUUCGUUCUUGUUUUUAUUACGCGUUUUGUGGUUUUUUUAUCUUGUAUUUUUGUGUUGUGAGCCACCACCAGCUCUAUGGGUGAAGGGUGGUAUAUAAAUUUAAUAAAUAAGGUAAAAAGAAAUAAAACCAAAGCCUGUUUUGAAAAUGUAGUUUUAGUCCCUCCAUUUAAGGUUUAAAAUAAAAUAGCAAAAACAAAAAAACAAACAAAC